GUCCCUAACCGCGGCGAGAUGCUCGACAAGAGGUUGAAAGUCCUCGGCAAAAAGCGGUACGACAGGGCAAGGUGGGCAACCUACUUCACACAAUACGGGAAAGACUUCGUCGACGCAGCUCUGGAGGACGGGGCCGAGAAGCGGAUCGUGGACAUCGCCCGCAAGGUGCGCGAGGAGGGCAAGGACCUCUUCGACCGCUCAUUUGUCUACGGGAACUCCGCGGAGGGCAAGGGGCUGGUGCCCCGUUACGCCUCUGAGAGCGCCCCCGUCUCUGGGCAGACGAAGGCCGGCAUCCAAAAUAGCCUCGUGAAGAUCCCGGGGGUCGGCCGAUUCCACGCGCAGCACGGG